UCCUGUCUUGCCUUGGAGCACCAGGUGUUCCAGAGAGAACAGUCAGGGAUGAAUGUGGAGCAAGGCCAGCCUGUCACAGUAGCAGGAGCCCUUUUGCUGGACGUCGGAGCCUCAGUCUUCCUCCUUCCCUGCCGUCCACCCCUGAACUCUAACUCUACUGAGGUCUGGAUUAACUUUGCAGGAACUUAGGCCUGUCUUUUAAAAUGGUCAGGUGACUCCACAAGGCAGCCAGGGCAACAAGUCUAUUUGAACGGCAAAGAAACCAAAACAAACACACGAAAUACACCCGUUUCCUCCCUAGGGGUGGGGGACGGGGCUCCUAUCGUGUUCCCUCCCCACCCACCAGGAGCUCAGCACCGAGGACAUGCUACACUGGGAUUGGGGGAGGCCUUGACGGUUAAGGACCUAUAGGAACCCGGAGGGGAGAAGGUCGUGACAGCCACACAGACAGCAGGUUUUAGAAAAAGUGAUGAUGAAUAUUCCAGUUGCUUAUUGAAGAAUAAUAAAGAACAGGAGGAAAAAGGAAACCUCUUGAAAUGAGCCACACCAGAGACUUUCAGAAGCUUGCAUGCUGGAGAAACAGAAACCAGAGACGGUCAGAGCGAGGUAUCCAGGCCUUUGCUGUGAAGAAUUUGGUAAACAUGGAGAGGCUUGAUGCAAGAAAGAUGAAGAUGGAAGAAGUAGAACUCACUGAGAACAUCGGGCUCCCAGUGAAUCUGCUUGAGAAACACGACCCGUGGCCGGCCUAUGUCACAUACACCUCCCCGAUGGUGAAGAGACUCAUGGAGAAGAGCAAGGCCAGAGAGCUGGAGUGCUUGCAAACGGUGGAGGAGAGUCGGCGGGUGGGCAAGCAGAGCAAGCCAGCCAGCCUCAUCCAGCUAAAGAGGAGGAAGUCCUCCAAGUCCUCGGGCACUGCCACCUUCAAGGACCUGAGGUCCGAAACCAUGCUGUCUGUGUGGGGCCCCCUCACCAUGUCGGCCAUGGGGCCCUCGGGGGUCCCAGAGCCCCUCCACCUGCACUUGGACUCCAGGGCAAGUCCCACCGCCAGCUACAACAAGAUCAUCUUUGCCCGGGCACCCACCAUGAGGACGCUCCCUUACACGGCCGGGCGGCCUUCGGAAAUGUUUUGCCUCUAGCCAGAGUCCCCGCAGCCGACCCCCGAGCUUGUAUGGCAAUUAAGCGCCGUUUGCCACACAUUGUGUGGCAGCCCUUGCAUUGGAACUCGCCCCUGCUGGUGCAGAGUUUGGCUGAGAUCAACCCCACGGGAUGGGGGCCAUGGGUGGGCGGGUGCGCUCCCUCUGGCAGUGCAAUUAAGUAGGCCUGGGAAUACCAGGCUCCAGUUCCUGGUGUAGAUGCUUAGGACCCAGCUGGGGAUGAAUCAGUUCUGGUCCAGGCAGCAGACAGAAACCACACCAGAGAUUCUUUCUAUUAAUAGAAAGAAUCCCUAAGCAGGCCACUGAAAAGGCAAGAAGAGGGUUCAGAGGCCGUGGAUGGAGAGGCACCUGCAGGAAGCAGCCUGGGGCAUGCACCCAGGGAAGAUGCAAAUAUAUUAAGUUAGACGCUUGGUGACGGGCAGGUGGGCUGAUCUCUGAUUCCUGAGGUGGGCUAACGAAUGCUUCUCAGCAGAUGCUGGUGUCCUGAGCUCGGAGGACAGCCCUGUGGGGUGGCACCCCCACCUCUUUGCUCAUGGACGCCCCAAGCUUGGUUCCGAGAGUGUUGGGGAAACCCAAGAGGGCAGAUGUUUUUGGAAGGAGUUGACACUGCCCAAGUGAAUGAGUAUUGCUGAGGAGAGGAAGCCAGCAGGAACCAAAUCUGGAGCAAGUCUCUUCUUCCUCCUCCAGCCUUGACACUCCCUCUGGCUCUCCUGAUAGGCGGAGCCUAACCGGGAGGGAAAUAGAAAUGUGGUUUGCAGCAACUCAAACCCUGCACCUUGAAGCAGAGUGUGAAAGGAUGGACUUAGAGCCAGGGAGUUAAGCUUGAGUCCCUGUCCAGUGGGUUCCAAGAGAUCCCACCUUGCCGUCCCACUUGGUUCCUGAACCUGUAUUGGGAGGUUUCUUCCUUGGAAGCGCUUACAAAGUGGCCAUGGGGGUCCAAGUGUCUGCUGCUGAGAGAUGGGGGAUUCUGCCCCCUGGACUUCUCUGAGGCUUGUGGAGCAGAGCUGGCGGGGAGACAGCUCCAGCUGGCCCCCAGCUGUGCUUUGUCAGACAGCUGGAAUCGGUCCACCCAUGCUUGGGCUAUUCCCAGCUGGCCCCAGAGCAAACUAUGCUGUCCUCAGUCUGGAGGCAGACACACUAUGUGUUUAGUCACAGAGGGGACCCCAUGUGACAGGCAGACCACCCAGUCUCAGCUUUGGGGCUCCUCCACUGAGCAUGGCUUCACUGAUUGCAUCUCUCUUCUUUGCCUCACUCAAGUGUCUGUGCUUGUGUUAUUGAAACGGUUAAUACUCACCUAGCUUCUCACAGAGACACAGCAGAUGCAAUGAGUUAGUUGUUGGAAAAGGUGGAAGCUGCCCUGCGAAUGUGCCCUCUCCACCCAGGAGCCCUGCAGAAACACUUGGCUGCACUCUGGCUGCCGUGAGCUGUGUAGAGAGCUGCACAAGUUAGGAGCUCCAGAUCCAUUCCUGGGUCCACAGCUCUUGGCCAGAAUGAAUUCUUACAAAAAUAAUGUGAUUUACAGUGAAUCCGAAUGACCGUCUUUUGGGUCCACAGAACAUUUACAGACAUGGAGGCAAGUGAUGAAUUCCCAAUGAAAAAUUUUCUUUUCUCUAUCCCUUUAUGGGAGUUCAUAGCUGGAGUAUACUUGGGAAGUGAUGGAUUAUAGAUUUUCAUUGUGUCAGUGUUUGCAGGGGUUUGGGCUGAUUUCUUUCCAUUCCUUUGAAGGCAGAGUUGUUACAUAAUGUUUUGUUUUGGUUUUGGUGGCCGUUGCUUUUUAAAUUUCUAGGUGUUUCACAGUUUUUACAAAUAUAUACUCUCUAAAUUAAUGGUUGUUUUAUAGAUAACAUUGCUUAGAUUAAUUUAAUUCUCAGUCUGUUAUAACAUACAAGCAGGAGCUAAGCACCUUAUGCUGUGAUGAGAAUGGCUUGUGUCUGUGGCUGCAGUCCAGACGUGUUGCCUUCUGGGGCUGUUUUAAGAAAGAAAAACUAUUAAUUGCUUUGAAAGGGAGGAGUCUGUUCAAGGCCAAACUGGGUUCAUGGGUCCAGCCACUUCAAGGACUUGACCAUGUUGGCUUGAGGACUGAGGGGGCUACCUGGAAGGGGUUCUCCUGGGGAGGCAGCUGAUGGACAGAGUAGCUGGACCAGUGAAAAGCCUCCGUCACUGAAGGAAGGAGGGUGACCCUGAAGUAUCGAAGUGGCGGUUGCUUAAAUUUGUCUCCAGGCCCAGAUGCCUGACUGCAUGGAGGUGGGGGCCCUGGAGCUGAACUUGUGCUAAACUCGUGGAGGACUCUUGCUAAAAUCCUGGGAGGCCCUGAAAUAAUGACAAAAAGUGGGGGAGAGACUUCUUGAUGUCACAAGGCACCCACGUGCAGGUCCCCGCCCUGGGCGUGGACACGAAGCUGUGGGUCUGUAGAGCCCAGUGGAUGCUUGGCAGGACUGGACUGGCUUUGUUCAUGAAGCUGGGACACUUCCCCAUGCUCCCAGGGCCUGCAAGCAGCCUUCCAGCCGCCUGGAGUCGGCCCAGCGGGCGGGGCUUGGAGUGGAAUGUGGAUUCUUCCAAGUGCAACCUCAGCCGCCUUCUGAGUAGAGGGCCUGGGGGAGCUCAGGUUCCCUUGGAUGUGCUGGACUCAGUGCUGGGAGUCCACAGCCCGUAGCUCCCGCCUCUUUAUCUCCACAGCAUCUGGAAAGUUCUGUUUGGCAGGGGAGCUGUUUUGUCUCCCCACUCUGGUUGGUGUGUGAAACACCAGAGUGUAUCUUUUGUUAGCCCUUCUGUGCUGCUCAGUAACUAAGGACCCCUCUGCCUCUGACACGUUGAGUAGCUGUUUUUGAGCAAAUUCUCUGGCUCCUGUGCACGAUAUGGUUUUUGUCUGUUUGCAGAUUCCACAGUUGGUGUUUAAACAGUUGACGUUUACCUUCAGCUGAGCCUGUGGUCCUUGCCAUUCAGGGGUUGGGAGGGGUCGGGUGGGGAAGGUGGGCUGUAAGGACAGACGAUCUGGCAGUUCCUGGAGCUGGUGUGUGCCAGCCAGAUGUUUGGGGGUGGCCCAGGGAUCCUCCAAUUGGAAAGGGAGGCCAGGGCGGGGCCUAAGGCCAGGGGCUUCGUGGAGCCAUGGACUUAACUGACAGCGCGUGUGAUUACAAAUCCUUCUGGUCCAUUAGGGGGCCUGAGGGCCUUGUGUGGGAGGCAUAAAUGUCUCACAGUCCCCCUAGUCUUUUUUUUCAGGACAGAGAUAAAAUAAUGGGUCCCCUGAGGUAGGGGUUUGGACCCCUGGGCUUUGGUGGGGGCCCUGGGAGGGAGAGGGGACACAGCCCAGAAAUCCCAACCAAGGGCCAGCCCCACGUCCCUGGAGACAGAAAGCCAGCAGCAGGAACCCCAGCCCUGCAGCCUCACUCCGCAUGUCCACAGAAGUGGUAGAAAAGAUUGUAAAGUGCUUUGUGGGAUGUGGGUGCGCCCAUGUGCCUGUCCUGCCCCUGCGGCUCUCUCCAGCUCUGUCUGAGUCAGUCACUCCUAGAAGCUUCUUGGAAUCCCCACCCUUCUGGAGUGACGGGCAUGUGUGCAAAACCCACACCUUAUCAGUGAUGAGACUGAAUGAGAGCUGGAGGGGCAGUAAACAAGGGCCUGGGAUUUACCAGGAUCUGGUGCUUGAGAGCAAUGUUACUGAUUCUUAAGUAUAAUGGCAUUUUCUUGAUACAGUUAUGUAUAAGUGUACUCCUAACCUUGAAAAGGGAUGGUUAAUAGAUAUUCUUAUGAGUAGGAGAAUCUAAGAGUGUUCAUAUAACUCAUAGGUGCUUAAACUUGUCUUGGCAAAGAGUUUUUCCUUCUUCAGAUUAAAACAGUAGUUGAGUUAACGAACUGGUGUUAUCUGUUGAACACAGGUGGCCCUUCUUAGUCUCUUACAAAGAGGAAAUAAACUCAAAGUGACUCUAAAAAGAUAGAUAUGAGGAGCUUCCUGUUGCUUUUGCUUACUUUAGGUUACCAACCCAGUGAGAAGUAAAAAAUCGGUAGAACUUAAUAGUAUUUGGUCUGUAGGCUGCCCUGCUCCCCUGUGUGUGCUCUGUGCUCAGUGUUGUCUGACUGUGCGACCCCGUGGUCUGCAGCCUGCCAGACUGCUCUGUCCAUGGAGGUUUCCAGGCAAGAAUACUGGAGUGGGUUGCCAUUUUCUACUUUCCAGGCAGGAGGCCCAACAAAACAGACAAAAUCCUUGCCCACAGAGAUCUUAUGUUCUGAUAACAAACUCUUCCUUAGUUUACAACUGUGCUCCUUUCAUGGAUGACUUGAAUUAUGAGUGGGAUUUGGCCUGUGUGAUGUUUUCUACACUUUACUUAGAAGCUGUGAUUCGAGCUUUACUAUUUUUAACAAGAGAGAAGGAAGAGGAGGUUUUCUAUAACUGCACAAAACCUGGAAUAUGAAAAGAGGAAGUAGGAAGGGGGAAAUAGUGUUGUACCUAAGAUUAAAAUGUGAGCCAAAGAUGAAAAAAAAGAGAUUCCUACAUUAGGCAUGUGGGAAGCUGGGGAAAACACCAUUUACUGUCCAGUCUCAGAUAGAGGAGUUCUUGGACAGGAGAAUGGGAGAAAAGAUGGAAUAGUGGGAGAAGGGUAAACAGGGCUUUUAACAAGUCUGGUUUAAGUAACUUGGGAUGUUCCUAUAAAAUAUAUGUUAUUUGUGUUUGGAAAAGACCCUUUUCUUUUUCUUUUGUGAACAUAGUUGAAAGAUUAGUGGUUGGCCAGUAGUGUCUGAAAUACUGUCCCUGAUUUGUGACUGCUGAUCUGUCUCUGGUUAGUUGACAGUUCUGUUGAGGUUAGCUGAUGGAGUCAAUCCAUCUCUUAGUUUAUUGUCCUCAAAUUGCCCUGUAUAUCGAACUGCAUCCCUUAAUUCCAUAGCUGUUUAUGUAUUACUUGAAGUUGUGCCUUUGUUUUCCUGCCUUAUAAGUUUCUGCAUGAUGUCCUGUUGUGCUUAAGAGACAAAGCAGGUGCUUAGUUUUCUACUUUCUGUUUACAGCUUUUUUUAGUGACCAUCCAGUUUGGUAAAGAAGUCUCUUCUUGAGUUUACACAAUACAUUGCACACUUUUAAAGAUAAGCAUGAGAGAUCUUUGAUGUUUGUUUUUGUUUUAAUGCAUAAUUGUUUUUUGCUUUCAUUUAUGAGUCAUUCCGUCAGAGUCUCAUGUGAUCUUGCUUGCUGCAGUGAAUUGAGAUAGAUUUUUUAAUGAUUUUUUUAUUUUAAAGGAAAUCAACUUCUGUUUAUUUCAGUGCUCCAAUAUGAAAAUGAACACUAGUUCCAUUCAUGACCUAAGAGACUCCCUUUAUAACACCCGAAUAAGCCUUCAGAGUACUGGUUUCACUUUUAAUGUAUUUUUGUAACUGUAUUUA